UGCGCCAUCUUGGCCAAAUCGCACAUUUUUCUCGAUUUGCCGGCUUGAAAAAAAAUCAUAUCUAUGGUGCAUUGUCAAGUCUCUGAUUCACUUUAGAAGGCGACCAAACAGAAGCACCAUUAGUAUAGGUGAGAUUGACGAAAAUGCGUGAAAAUCACUGAAAGAUGGCUCUAAAGGACAAUAAAAAGGAGCAGGAGAAGCUGACUCGUAUUGCCAUUGUCAGUACUGACAGAUGUAAACCGAAGAAAUGUAAACAAGAGUGCAAGAAAUCUUGUCCAAUUGUUAGAGGAGGCAAGCUUUGCAUAGAAGUAACACCAGCUGACAAAAUCGCUGUUAUAUCUGAAGAACACUGCAUUGGUUGUGGUAUUUGUACGAAAAAAUGUCCCUUUGAGGCAAUAACAAUUAUCAAUCUUCCCAGUAACUUAGAAAAAGACACUACACAUCGGUAUAGUGCCAAUUCUUUUAAACUCCAUAGAUUGCCAACACCUCGAUCAGGAGCUGUCUUGGGAUUGGUUGGUACAAAUGGUAUAGGAAAAUCAACAGCGCUGAAAAUCUUGGCGGGAAAACAAAAACCUAACUUAGGAAAAUUUGAUGCUCCACCAGAUUGGCAAGAAAUUCUCAUUCACUUCAGAGGCUCAGAACUUCAGAAUUACUUCACCAAAAUCUUAGAAGAUGACUUAAAGGCAAUCAUCAAACCGCAGUAUGUUGACCAGAUACCCAAGGCUGUCAAGGGUUCCGUAAAGGAGAUGUUAGACAAGAAGGACUGUGGCAGGCAGGAUUUCAUUUGUGAGGCCCUAGAUCUAAAUCAUGUAAAAACGCGUCAAAUUGAUGAGUUGUCUGGAGGAGAGUUGCAAAGGUUUGCCUGUGCCAUGGUCUGCAUUCAGGAUGCUGAUAUAUUCAUGUUCGACGAACCGUCUAGUUAUUUAGAUGUAAAACAACGUUUACGGUGUGCCGUCACGAUACGAACGUUGUUGGCUUCAAACAAGUAUAUCAUUGUUGUAGAACAUGACUUAUCCGUGUUGGACUAUCUCUCUGAUUAUAUUUGUUGUCUUUACGGAGUUCCUGGUGCUUAUGGAGUAGUCACGCUACCUUCAAGCGUACGAGAAGGUAUAAACAUAUUCUUGGACGGCUUCGUACCAACAGAGAAUCUGCGUUUCCGAGAAACGGCGCUUGUAUUCAAGGUUUCUGAAACGGCAUCAGAGGAGGAGGAGGUGAAGAAAAUGAGGCGUUAUGAUUAUCCACAGAUGGUAAAAAGAAUGGGAGUGGGUUUCAAGUUGACUGUUGAACCAGGGGCCUUCACAGAUUCUGAAAUCGUGGUGAUGCUUGGAGAAAAUGGAACCGGAAAGACGACAUUUAUUCGAAUGUUGGCUGGGCGGUUACAACCCGAUGAAGGAGGUAAAUGUCCCAACCUGAAUGUGAGCUACAAACCACAGAAGAUCAGUCCCAAAUCUGAGGGCAAUGUGCGGAACCUGCUUCACGCCAAGAUUAGAGAUGCCUACAUGCACCCGCAGUUCAUGACAGACGUCAUCAAACCACUGUCGCUAGACUCGCUCUACGACCAAGAGGUCCAGAACUUGUCAGGAGGAGAGUUGCAGCGUGUGGCGCUGACGUUGUGUUUGGGUAAACCUGCCGAUGUUUACCUGAUUGAUGAGCCGUCUGCUUAUCUUGAUUCUGAACAGCGUCUCCAAGCAAGUAAAGUCAUCAAAAGGUUCAUCCUCCAUGCCAAGAAGACCGCCUUUGUUGUCGAACACGAUUUCAUCAUGGCUACCUACCUUGCUGAUCGUGUCAUCAUGUUUGAGGGUCAACCCUCUAUUGAUACUGUUGCUAACAGUCCACAGUCUUUGCUCGCUGGUAUGAAUAAGUUUCUCAACUCGCUCGACAUCACGUUCAGGAGAGAUCCAACCAACUUUAGACCAAGAAUCAACAAGCUCAACUCGGUCAAGGAUACGGACCAGAAACGCAACGGAAACUACUUCUUUUUGGAAUGAGAAACUCGCCAGCCAAGACAACGCUUUGGUCAAGAACGCUGGUGGAUGGUCAAUAUGCAAGAUAUUAUGGGGGGAGGUGACUUGCUUGAAGAUGACAUCUGCGUCAUGGGAUUCGAAUUAUGGUUGGGUUGAAACUGUGCAACUGGAGCCUAGGUUUUGGGUGUAGUUUGAUAAAGUGGAACUACGUACAUGUACAUGUAUUAUCCGUGAGACGAUUUGAGUGAAUUCUUGACUGAAGUGUUUUCAACACCAAAUGUGCUUAUGCGAAGAUACAUUUGUAAUUUUAAAAGACAGUUGUGGUUAAUAUGCAGAGAAUUAGUUGAAACUUUACCCGAAAAGAAAUAUUUAUUGGUGAUUCAUGUACAUGCUUCUUGCAUGGGUGGGGGUAGAUGCCUCAUGAUAUGCAAACGCCAGUUACUUUAGUAAGUUUAUUUUAUUGAUCAUAUUUGAGCUUUGGGUUAUAAAAAAAUAUAUGUACAAAACUUGUUAAGAAAUGGAAUGAAAUUCAGACAAGUUUUCAGUCAAAAGCUGGGACAAAUCAGGUCUGAAAUAAUGUGAUUGUGAUAUUCUUAAAAUGUUCCUGUUUAGAUGUAUCGAAACCAGUGCUGCGAUCUGAAAUGAUAACAAUUAAAUAUCAUGAUGGCUAUGGCAAAUGUGUUCAUAUGAUUUGUUGGAAUAAAGUCAUAAAUUUCAC